AUGUGUGACAUUUCUUACUUCCUGUCUAUCGAGAUUGUAGAUCAAUUCUCACGAAAUACCCCAUCUAUCCGUAAGCAUUGUGAAGCUUUCGUCCUCGAACUGCGUGUCAUUGCGCCAUCGCACGGGCUACAUAAACUCGUGAUCCUCAUCGGGUUUCUCGUGUCAAGUCUGGCCCAAUCCCUUCCAGUGCCUCCUAUCGUAUCUUUUCCUGUUUUCUUUGAUGAUGUUGGUGUCCGGCUCUUCAUCCAGCAUACGCACUGUACCGCUUCCGUCGAGAGGUCAUCAGGUAUAGUUGUGUCUCGUAGCAUCUCUCCGGCUCGUUCACUUACUAUCCUCAUUUUUUCUCGCUGGAGUGAGGGCAAGCGCAAGCGUCGCUGGAGCCUCCUGCUUUCCAGCUCUAUUGAGAAUCCUUGUCUCUCAUCACCACCACAGACUUCCAGUGCAUAUUUCUCUCAUCACUACUCAUGCCGCUCGACGGCCGCAACCCAUGAGCCUACUGCUUUCCAGCUCUAUCGAGAUCCUUUUGCGCUCAUUACCAGUGCCGACGCUCAGCUGCCGCGAAUUGCGACCCUCCUGCUUCCCAGCUCUACCGAGAACUUGUUUCUCUCAUCACCACUGCAGAAGCUCGGCACCUUGUUUCAGCUCUCCAUCGAGAAUCCCUUGCUCUUAUCACUACCACAGCCGUCCACCUGCCGCGACUCACGAGCGUCACACUUUCCAACUCCGUCGAGAAUCAUUUCUCUCAUCAAGACUGCAAACACUCAGCUGCUGGCGCCAUAUUGCGGUCGUGGAGUUGGAUUCAGGAGAUGGAGGGAGGUAGAGUGGACGCUUGAGAGAUGGAGUGAUCACCUCUCUCACGCCGAACCCGAUAUGCCGUCUUCCACCCCUGCAGCCGCUCAGCUAGAGACUCCAUAUUGUGGUCAUGGAGUCGAAGCCAGGCGACGGAAAGUGGAAACACUUCAUGCCGUUUUUCAGUCCAGCAGCCGCUCAGCUGUAGACGCCAUACAACAGUCGUGGAGUCGACGUGAGGAGUGGGCCUUUGUGGGCAAGCCCACCGGUGGUCUUGCUGGAGCUCACAAUGUUGAAUUGCAAGCUCUGAACUAUGGUGUGAGAAAGGACGGUGACCUGGCAAAUGCUGGUGCUAUGCUCGGCGACCUAUCGGUGAACGACUUCCAACGCCAACCAUACUACCAGGUUGCAUAUCUGAAGGAGCAGGACCCUAUACCCGCCAGAAAUACCGCCGUCAUCAGCGGAACCGCAGCGAGCCUCCCAUCUAUCUUGACAGAGAAUGAAUUGUUCGGUGAACAGAAAUUGUCGCGCAGUGCUACUUUCAGUAGGCAUAUCCAAGUGUCGUCUUUGUACAUAAUACCAAUCAACAGGCACCCUAAGAGUCCGGCCGAGGCCGACGAAGAAGGUGAAGAGAACCACAUGCAUAGUCUUCCGCGUGAAUACUCACCUAGCAUAACGCCAAACUCCUUGGUCUGUCCACCCAACUUGCCUGUACAUAAUACCAAUCAACAGGCACGUUAUCUUCUAGAUGGUCCGGCCGAGGCCGACGAAGAAGGUGAAGAGAACCACAUGCAUAGUCUUCCGCGUGAAUACUCACCCAGCAUAACGCCAAACUCCUUGCACAGAGAAGCCCUCGACACCUCUUUGGGCAACGCCCCACGUUUCGCCAGAAAACACACCUCCACAAACUCUCACGGCUCAAGGCCCCCAAAAGCAGCCAACGACACCCAGGGCAUGAAAGAGAAGACGCGAAAGAACUUCGGCAUCGAAGACGUCGGCAUCCCAUCCCUAGGCAAGAGGUGGGAUGUUCACCUCUCUCAUAACGAGUAUUUACGAGCCUGCUGCUUGCCAACCCCAUCGAGAGAGAUUGCUGAGGAGCUCCCGGUUGCAAAGGUGGAUUUAUACAGUAUCCCACCUACAGGCAAGAGGUGGGAUGUUCACCUCUCUCUUAACGAGUAUUUACGAGCCUGCUGCUUGCCAACCCCAUCGAGAGAGAUUGCUGAAGAGCUGCGGAUUUAUACAGUAUCCUAUAGACAGGUGAGAGGUGGUGUAUUCACCUCUCUUACGCCAGAGACUCACGAGCCUUCUGCUUGCCAGCCCCAUCGAGAGAGAUGGCUACAGAGCGUCGGCAUCGAAGACCCUGGUUGGGAAAGGCGGACUUAUACAGUAUCCCAUCCACUGCUGAUAGCCCUCAUGGACGUUCAGGCUACCGAGGUAGUAGGCUCAUCAUCGAACCCACAACUUGAUAACUUCAAUGGGGAGAAGGGGGAGUGGACACCUCGAAUGAGUGGAGUGGUUACCUCUGCUAUACUGGACAUUCACGAGCCUGCUGCUUUCCAGCCCCAUCGAGAAGCCUUCAUGUCGCUUCUAGUCACUGAGGUGGCAGGCUCAACGUCGCAACCUCAACUUGACGAGACCUUGGGCAUGGAAGAAACAGCGGACUUAUACAGUAAGCCAUCCACUGCUGAGAGGCCUGUGACUUUCCAGCCCCAUCGAGAAGCCUUCAUGUUGCUUGUAGCCACUGAAGUGGCAGGCUCAACGUCGCAACCUCAACUUGACGAGGUGGACGAAGAGGAGACGUUCGAGCCGGCUCAAGACCUUGGCAUGGAAGAUAUGGCGGACGUAUACAGUAUCACAUCGACAGCUGAGAGCCGCUCAGCUGCAAACACAAUACUGCGGUCGCAGAGUCGAGGCACAAGGCUUAUAGACACCCCUGUCGCGCCUGAGCUACUGCAUUCGGUCACCCUCUGCCUGAUCCGACCUGGAACUCCUGGCCAUCCGACCCAGGCGUCAAGGAGCGAGCACGAUCCAACAGAACGUCUGUCCGAGAGCGAGCAUAAUCCAACGGAAUUUCAAAGCGAGCGUGAUGAAAUCGAAUUUCACUCGGCGAGCAUGAUCCAACCGAUGUUCACCCAGGUAUCAAGGAGCGAGUACGAUCCAACGGAACUUGUAACCGCCCUGGGUAUCAAGGAGCGAACACGAUCCAACGGAACUUCUGUCCGCCCUGAGUGUCAAGGAGCGAACACGAUCCAACGGAACUUCUCGAACACGAUCCAACGGAACUUCUGUCCGCUCCGAGUGUCAAGCAGCGAGCAAGACCCUUCGGAGAGACUUAUGCCUAUGAUGGGUCUGCCAAACACUCGACGACAGCCGCGGCGAGUGGACACAUCGCUCACCUCUCUUGCACCUGAGCCACUACAGCCGCUCCACUUCAGACAGCAUAUUCUGGUCGCGGAGUCGAAAGUCGCAAGCCGGGCCAAGCAGUCGCGAAACAAAGUGCUCUCCGAGACACUCAACGUCGCGGAGACACCUCCCUCACCUCUCUUGCGCCUGGAACACUUCAGCCGCUCCGCUGCUGGCACCAAUUUCUGGUCGCGGGGUCGAACUACUGCAGGUUCAUGGACAGCUCUCUCACAUUUCAGUAGUGGUGCGAUUGGGUCUUCGAAGGCCGAACAGAUCGCUGCUGCGGAGCUGAAGCAGGUUCAUGGACAGCUCUCUUACAUUUCAGUAGCGGUGCGAUUGGGAAUCCCAAGCAUAAGAAACGGCAUAAAUGGUUCUCGAGGCUCUAAAACUCUCGAGCAGUUUAAGAAAGCCGAUAAAGGUGAAGACAAUAUGUCGCCUUCCUGCGCCAAUCUUCGGUAUGUGAAUUUUAGAGGCUUCGCAGAUGGUUUUGACGAAGUUCUGAAGCUUUUCUAUGAACCAAGCUUCAAGAGAUGGGAACGAGUGAAUCCAUCCGCGAUGUAA